AUGCGACUGUCUGUCGCCGCUGCUGUCUCUCACGGCCGCGUGUUUCGCCGCCUGGGUCUUGGACCCGAGUCCCGAAUUCACCUGUUGCGGAACUUGCUUACGGGACUAGUGCGACAUGAGCGCAUCGAGGCGUCAUGGGCGCGCGUGGACGAGAUGCGAGGCUACGCCGAGAAGCUUAUUGACUAUGGAAAGCUGGGAGACACCAACGAGCGAGCUAUGCGCAUGGCUGACUUCUGGCUCACUGAAAAAGACUUGAUCCCAAAGCUGUUUAAAGUGCUGGCCCCUCGCUACCAAGGUCAGAAUGGGGGCUACACGAGAAUGCUGCAGAUCCCAAAUCGGAGUGAGCAGGAUCGGGCCAAGAUGGCUGUGAUUGAGUAUAAAGGAAACUGCCUCCCACCUUUGCCGCUGCCUCGAAGAGACAGCAACCUCACACUCCUAAACCAGCUACUGCAGGGGCUGCGGCAAGAUCUCAGCCAGGAUGGGAAAGCCAGCAUCUGCAGCUCCCACACAGCUAAAACACCAGGAAUUUAA